UCUCUCUACAUAUAUAGCAAAUUUGAUACUACAACUACUAAACUCUUUAUACGUACGACACUAUAUAUGUGUAUUGUGUGCCCACACAUAAAUAUAUAUGUCCCAUUCUCCACAUCCUUCUAACAUGAGUCAACAACACCAUUCCCCCCUCCCCCCAUUUCCCAUCAACCCCACCCCUCCUCCUCCUCCGCCGCCGCCGCCACCACCGCCGCCGCGGAGUACUAACACUGCUCAAUCUCAAUCUCAACAUUUGCAGCCCUCAAUCGGAAGCGAAUCGCUUCCGUCUCCGAAAAAGGUCAAGACCGCGGCCGCGGCCAGGCCGCCGGGCGGGGGGAAGCACCCGACGUACCGCGGCAUCCGGAGCCGGAGCGGGAAAUGGGUGUCCGAGAUACGCGAGCCGAAGAAGACGACCCGCGUCUGGCUCGGCACCUACCCGACCCCGGAGAUGGCCGCGGCCGCGUACGACGCGGCCGCGCUGGCGCUCAAGGGCCCCGGCGCGGCCGUCAACUUCCCGGACCAGGCCGCGGCCUAUCCGGCCCCGGCCUCCCCCGCGGCCCUGGACAUCAGGAGGGCGGCCGCCGCGGCCGCCCUCCUGAUGAGGCCGGACGAGCAGCGGCCGGCUGAUGCUGAUGAUGAGCAGCAGCAUCGGCCGGACGCUGCUCGGGACGGGGAAGCGUCCGCGGAGGCGGAGCAUGAGUUUAUUGAUGAGGAGGCGCUGUUUCAUAUGCCGAAUCUGCUGGUGGAUAUGGCGGAGGGAAUGCUGGUUAGCCCGCCGAGAAUGGCGUCGCCGCCGUCGGAUGAUUCGCCGGAGAAUUCUGAUGUGGAGAGUUUGUGGAGCUAUUGAAAAAAAAAAACAAGACACGUAAGAUUGUUGUACUAUCAUUUAUUGCAGAAGAUUAUAUAUAUAAUAUACAAAGACACAUUCAUUUGUGUUCAAGUAGGAAAAAAUUGGUUGCAUAAUUCAAUUUGGUUAAAUUCUUGUUAUUCCUAUUUUCCUUUCAGUUUCUUAAUUUUCGGUUUGAAGAUUUGUAAUUGAUUAAUUAGAUUCAAAUCUAAUACAAUCGAUAUUUAGAAUAGUUGCAUUUGUGUUA